AUGUCGCCCGAUCGCCGCCAUGGCCGUAUAUCAACUUCCCUCUCGCAGCGCUCUUCCCCUGACACUUCGAGUUUAUUUUCCAUAUGGCCUCGUCAAUUAAUGACCUGGUUCAUUACCCCGUCUGCAUCUAAGUCGUCGUACACUCAGGUCCCCCAAGAUCCAGACCAGACUCAAUUGGAGUCCGGCUCUGAAAUGGAAGCCUCGCAGCUUGUAAAGGCGCGCUUGCGCACAUACUGGCUGGCUACCGUGCUGUGCUGUGGCGGUGCGCUGUUCGGGUAUGACUCGGGGGGUUAUCGGUAUGGGGGCGUUCUUACAUUUGGCUCGUUCAAGGAAUCGUUCCAAUUCACAGCGACGCAGAAAACGCACAUUAGUGCUAUUGCGGUGGGCAUUCAGCAGGCCGGGGCCUUUGCAGGGUGCUUCAUAAUAUGGCCCGUGACGAACCGGUACGGGCGCCGCAUUGCGAUGAUGCUAUGCGCACUGGUCUUCUGCGUCGGGGUUAUCCUCGAAACCGUUGAUUCACAUUCCUCGCCGCUUUCUAUGUCGGCCGAGUGA